AUGUGGAUCUGGACGCCUGUUGUACGCUUCUUUGCAUCUACCCAAGACACUCCUGUCGACAAGGGACGCAGAUUGCAGGUGCAGGCAUCGCGACGCAUCUACGCCUUUGGACUCUUCGCUGCCACACUCACUCACAUUGGUGCCAUCUGCAUAUCCCUGCUGGCAACAAUAUCCCCUCACCUCUUUGCCAAAAACGUGGCCUUGUCUCUGCGUCCGAGCAAUCUGUUCAUGCCCGUGUGGCCAACCACUGCCCUAAAAGUGGCCACUCUGGAGCAAGGAGCACAUAUUUUCUUGCAGUGGGAUAUGCUAAUCAUGUUUUGCACUUUUCUGAUCUGGACUUUUUGGGCAAGAGGGCACGUAGAGUCAUCGUUGUUGCGUAAAGUCCUGGUGACGGUUCGUGGUCUUGGGUACUGUGUGCUUGUUGGGCCUAUUGGCGCGAGUCUGCUGGCCAUGUGGGAGAGGGAUGAGAUGUUGUUUGAAGAGGCCUGUGAAGAAACAGCCUCUGGAAAAAGAAUGGAGUCCUAA